UUUCCCCCUUUCAUGUGAAAUACCAGAAAACACAGGGUCUGUAAGUGCAGCCCCACUCAGUUCAUGCUGGCCUGAGACUCCUCCCUGGAUCACAUGUAAGAAGGGGGAAAGGUUCAGGAUGUGCCAUCGUAUCAUGAUAGUGGAUAUUUUAUUCUGUCAGGACGAGUUGAGUGAUAUCUGAAUGGGCAUUGGCUCUACCUACAGAUAGACUGGUUAGGCACUCAGCUGCGCAAUGGCUGACUGGGACUAUGACUAUCUGAUCAAGCUGCUGGCACUCGGGGACUCGGGGGUGGGGAAGACCACCUUCCUCUACAGGUACACCGACAACAAGUUCAACCGUAAGUUCACCACCACAGUGGGCAUCGACUUCAGGGAAAAGAGAGUGAUGUACACUGGGAAAGGGGCUGAUGGGACAUCUGAGAGGAACUUCAAGGUCCACAUUCAGCUUUGGGACACAGCGGGACAAGAGAGGUUCCGCAGCCUCACCACAGCUUUCUUCAGGGACGCCAUGGGCUUCCUGCUGAUGUUUGACUUGACCAGUCAGCAAAGUUUCCUUAACGUCAGGAACUGGAUGAGUCAGCUACAGGCCAACGCGUACUGUGAUAGUCCAGACAUCGUGUUGGUUGGCACUAAGGCAGACCUCCGGGAUGUGAGGGACGUUCACGCGAGACAGGCCAGAGAUCUGGCUGACAGAUACGGCAUCCCAUAUUUUGAGACGAGUGCUAUGACGGGUGAUGAUGUGGACCAGGCGGUGACCACGCUGCUGGAUCUGGUGAUGAAGAGGAUGGAGCAGAGCACUCCUGGAGGCCACAGCUCUGAACCCAACGGCAGCCCAAUCAACAGUCAUGAGGUGGAGGAGGCUCCUGUGAGGAGGAGAUGUGCCUGCUGAUGUAACGACCAGUAGACGCUCUUCUCACGUUUGCCCCCAAAAAAUAUAUUUUCAAAAUGCUGCUGUUUUCUGAAGCCUAACUAGGGUCCAUGCUAGGUGAGGGGGAUCUUUUGGUAUUCUAAAACACAUUUAGAAACUGAUUUGGGCCCAAUUAGUGUUGUGACAUUGCAUAUUCCCCUCCUGAAAAUUGCUGUGUGAUGUUGUAUAUUCACAGCCUGUGAGAAAGAGGAGUAUAAGACUCUAGAAACUGUAUAUAGUAAGCAUGUGUAGGUAUUGUUGUAAAACCGGGAUGUUUUAAAGACAUCAGGUAGUUGUGAUCUGGUGAAAAAAAGUCCAUUAUUGUCUUAAAAUGGGUCAUAUCAGAGGAAAAAAAAAGUUUUUAUUUGACACAUUGAGGCAUUGAUGGGAGAAUAUGCAGGCACAUAAUGUAUAUUUAUCAUGGAGUAUAAUCCAAAAACAUUUAAGACAUGGUUACAUUUGUUAUAUGGAUGAUCAUUUUUUUUGUUAGAACAACCAAGAUAGCUAAGUCAUUUAUCUGAUUUAUGAAUUUUAUACGACAUGUACAUAAGCAGCCAAGCUUUUUUAUGCAUUAUGGAACAUAUUUGCCAUGCAGAUCAAACACAAGUACAAUAAUGUUAAAGGGUUGUUGGAACAAAAACCUGUAUAGUGCUGCGUUUGGAAUAAAGACAUUUUAUGUUUAUGUACAUGUCACUGUCUUUUCAUUUAAAUGUAAUGCACACAAAGCUAAACUGCUAUUCUGACUGGAAAUACAAUCCUCACAGACUUUGUUAGCAUCAUUAUUGUUUACACACAUUCUAC